AUGUCAGAGUACGUAGGCAGAACGGUGGCCAAGACCUUUCCCGGCUACGGGAAGAAGAAGUUCAAGGGCAGUGUCACAAGUGUCAAGCAUGUUGAUGGCGUACCGCUGUUUGAGAUCCACUACGAGGAUGGUGACCAAGAGGAGUUGGAGCUUUUUGAGCUGAAGCGCGUUCUGAUGCCGGAGAGCAAAGCGGGUGCCAAGCGCAAGGCAGCGGAGCCCGACACAGCUGUCGAGGAGCCUGCAGCGGCAGUGCACGAGGAGGCAGGUAGAAGCGGCGGCAGUGCUGGAACCAGCAAGGACAAGGCCAAGGCAGCAGCUGCAAGAAGCCUGCAAACAGAGCUGCCAGCCAACAGCGUGGAUGAGGCACAGCUCAGGGGAGUGGUGGAGGAGGUGGCGGCGCGGAGCACGGCGAUGGAGGUGGAUGUGGUGCGGCACCCGCUAACAACCGACCAGGCAGCAGACGAGCCCAAGUGCUCGCGGGCCGUCACCUGCGGCAGCAUCUGCUACAUCUCCGCCAUCCUGCCCUCAGGGGGGAAGGUGGUGGCCGAGGAUGCACAGGAGGAGGCAGUGUCAAAAGAGUACAAGGCUCAGUCUGAAGAUGUGCUGGAUCAGCUGGAUGCGGCGCUGCAGGAUGUGGGCAGUAGCCGCGACCACCUGGUCAGCCUGACCGUGCUGCUCAAGGAUAUCGUCGCGGGGCGGGAGCCCUUUGCGGCAACCUGGAAGGGCUGGUGCAGCCGCUUGGCGCUGCCGGCGCUGACGGUGCAGGAGAGCUAUCUCGGCACGGAGGAGAUGCUGGUCGCAGUGUCAGCCAUCGCAGCGGUUCCCAAGCAGCAGUAUGUGUGA